GACGACCGAAAGCGCUAGGAAGCGGCCCCUUAACUGCUUUACUUAACGCUCUCACAAAUACUUUGUAGUUUUAGGACGUGGAGAAGGAGAAGAACCAAACAGAGGUCUUCAGUCGAAAUGCUUUUCUAAGUGCUUCUUGGCGCAUCGUGCCGCGGCAGAGUGGAGAAACAUGGCAGAUGGUGACAUGCGCCAGUUCGCAAUGUGGCGGAUUGUACAGACCUGAGACACAGACUGGUUAUGCGGACUAGAUCGAAGAUUCAUACCUGUAUCUCAUAAGUAGAUGUUUACUUGGAAUCAAUUACGAGGGUCCACUCAGGAUGAAGGCAACUGUUUUUUAAGUACUUUCUUUUUAGCUAAUACACCAGACAUUUCAUUUUAACACAUUGCUAGUAUCCGCUCUGCUCCAUCCAUACCACACUGUGGGUUUUCAUAUUUUUUUUCGUGGAAUUUAAAGUUAAGUUACUGGCGGACAGACCAGACAUAGAGUUGUUUACAAGUGGAGACUGACUGGGGCACCCCUGAGAAGCUCCUUUGUAACAGUAGCCAGCUAAUCCUUGCAAGGCCGUUCUGUACUGUACAAAUAUCAUACUUCUUAGGGUUUUUUUUCUUGCGGGAGAACUAAUCAUUUUCAAGAUCACUUUUGCGUGUAUUUUAUUAUUCAUUUAAUUCAACUUUGAAAAUUUUUCUCUCCUUUCUGUUAGAGGUGGCAGUCGCUGGAACUUUUUCCAUUCAUUUAAUGUGAGCCUAAACCAUCCAGAUGCGCGUUUCCACAGUCGCUGUUUAUUUUAUUCAAACAAAGAGACUCUCAUACACUCUAUAUAGGAAGCUUUAUGAUAGUUACUAUUAAGGAGAUUAUUUGGGUUCCCUAAUCUUCAAUCUGAGGAUUAACCGGAGCGAUUGGUGUAGUCAGAUUAUUACGUCUCUUUUCGUGGACCCAUUGUUUACACCCGUCACUAAAUCAUACUUUUUUAUACGCUUUGAAGUUAUAGGUACAUGUUUUGAGUGGCUUCUACUUUUAAAUUAGGAGGAAUUGCAUUGGGCCGUGAUGGAGGAGUCAAACGCGCCCCAGAUUGACCCAGAUUUUGAGCCCCAAAGUAGACCGCGGUCAUGCACGUGGCCGCUGCCCAGACCGGACAUCUCUGUUGUAAAAGCCGAAGGCACAGAAGGGAGUGAGUCCGCUACCGGUACCCCGCCAGCCGAUGAGGACAAGCCUGAGACGCAACAAGUCACACCCGAAUAUGAAAAGACCGUGGCAGCAGCAGAGGGUGGGCUCGUACCCAGCGUGGGAGGGGGCGCAGCAACACCCCGAAAAGGGUCAUCACGCCGCAACGCGUGGGGAAACCAGAGCUACGCAGAUCUGAUUAGUCAGGCAAUUGAGAACUCACCUGAGAAGAGGCUUACCCUGGCCCAGAUCUAUGAGUGGAUGGUGAAAACAGUGCCUUAUUUUAGAGACAAAGGAGACAGCAAUAGCUCUGCAGGCUGGAAGAAUUCAAUCCGCCAUAAUUUAUCACUCCACAACAAGUUUUUGAGAGUGCACAAUGAGUCAACUGGAAAAAGUUCGUGGUGGAUGCUCAACCCAGAAGGAGGUAAAACUGGGAAAGCUCCUCGGCGCAGAGCAGCAUCCAUGGACAACAGCAGCAAGCUUCUGAAGAGCCGCAUGCGUGCAAAGCAAACCAAGAAGCAGGCAGUUGCCGCAGGCUUGUCUAGUUCUGGGGCAACACUGCAGACAGAGGGUAAUGGAGCCUCAGCACGAUCUGACAGUCCAAACUCCUCCCAACAGUUUUCCAAAUGGGGAGUGAACAGCAAUAGCCCAUCAUCCCGGGGCAGUCUGGAUGAUCCAGACAUGUGGACCACCUUCAGACCCCGCACCAGCUCUAAUGCCAGCACACUGAGUGGCCGCUUGUCCCCCAUCGCACCGGGACAGGAAGAGGAUGAUAACCUGCCUGAUGACAGCCUUUUGGGGCGAUAUGCCACCCCGACUCUUACAGAGACCUUAAUGGAGGAGUUGGACUUGAUUGAUGGCCUUACUUUGAUGAGCGCUCAGGGAGGAGCCAGUCCCAGCACUGCUCCCCCUGCACCCCCCACACCUCUGCCCUCUGCCUCUACUCUGUUGCCCCGGGGGUCCAGCUUCUCCUCAUUUCAUCAGCGGCAGUCCUCCAGCCUCUCACAGGCAACUCCUCACAGCAAUACCUCAGUUGCAGUUUCCCAGUGUGGCCCCAGCAGCAAAGAGCCCUCAUUCAGCAACUCUCUGUUCAAUCCCUUGUCCAACUCCAUGUCCAACUCUAUGUCCAGCUCCAUGUCCAGCUCCUCCCGAGGCAGUAAUCACUACAGUGGCCAUGUCCCAUCAAGUCUGGAGGCACUGCUAACAUCAGACUCUCCCCCACCCACUGAGGUCCUCCUCUCUCAAGUGGAUCCUCUGAUGCAGAAUCCUGGGGGUGUGGGACUGAUGGGUCUUGGUUCUUCUAUGGUGGGGGUCCGGAACAAAGCCUCACUUGGGCCGUUGUUGAUGGGAAAGGGUUUAGAGCCCAACACUGUGGCUCCCAUGGCCCUUCAGAUGCAGUCACAAACACAUCACCUUCACCAACAACAGCAACACCACCAUCCUGCUAUAGGACUAAACAUGGCUAUGCUCUCAGGCCUGUCCCCAGAUACACCCCACCACUCAGGCCCUAAAGCACAACAUAGUGGCGUAUCUGCAGUGGGUUCUCAUCACCAGGGGGCUGUCCCUUCAGCUAAUCCCAACAUGGGCCUACAGGGAAUGGGACAGUUUGGUGCACCUUCCUGCUUCCAGACCACACCUGAUCGACUGCCAACAGACUUGGACAUUGACAUGUUCACUGAAAACCUGGAUUGUGAUGUGGACUACAUCAUCAACACUGACCUCAUGGAUGGCAUUGACUUCAACUUUGAUCCCAUUCUCCCAGACACCCAAGGCUACACAGGGCCUGCCUCCACACAGGGCUCCUCCCACAACUGGGUGCCCAGCUAAGUCUUCAUCAGGUUGCACCUACAAGCCAGGUAAUGAUCUUCAUUUAUAAUGUCUUAUAAUGACAAAAUGAAUGGUGCGUUGAUCAUUCCCACUGGCUGAAGAUAUCUUCUGACAAAGUCUGACCUCACAAUUGCCAUGUGCCAAGACAAGCAGAAGACAGGGAGAAGUCCCAAGCUACUCUGCAUAAUAUCUUAUUACCUGGAUUGGCACCUGGACAUCUCUUCUGUGUAAUCUAUUCUGCAUUUUGUCUAAAGUAGACAAAGGCAAAUUGACUCCUUGUUUUGGGGGGUUUAGGCAAUUCCGUGGUAUUGAACCCUAAAAGCUUUACAGAAGAAAUGGUACCUCUGGAUCCUUGGUUGUAUGUGGCAUGGAAGCGGCUUGUCUUCUGUUAAGUUGAACUAUUGAUCAAAAGCAGAAUGACCACAAUGCUUCACUUCCUUUGUCCAAAGAUAUUUCAUAGAUGUCACAAGUGAAGACCAUGGUGGUCCACAAACUGAGGCAUUUACCUGCAAUAUAGCAGUGGCUACAAAUCUCUGUCCACAUGGAUUUUGAUGUGUGAUUUGAUUUUCAUUCUGAUGAUAAGGUUUAAAGUAGCACAUUUAAAGGUCCUGUAUUAUGUUAAACAGACUUUCUAAGCAUUUGGCACUCACCGUAACCGUUUAGGUUGUCACUGAGCGCUUCAAAAGCUCUAGUCCACUGGUAAUAAUAAUAAUAAUAAUUAUAGUAAUAAUCGUCUAGUCUAUGUAAUCCGGUGUAAACUGUGUAAGUGCUCCUGUGUUUUGCCUUCACACACCUUGUUGACUUGUUUUGAUAGUCUCAGUGUUGAAAGAUGACCAUUGUUUUUUAUCUCAUGUAGCCCCCCCUUAGGCCAAAAAACAUGAAAUGAAAUAGCCAUGUGUCCAAAUGUGUCCAAAAGCCUGAAUAACAUGUAAUAGAGGACCCUUAAUGUUGACAAUGGUAUGUAUUUGCAGAAAUUUUUGCUACAAUCCAGUGUGUUAAAAUGGGUGGGUCAGUCAGAGGAAGUCUGAAGUCCUUAAGGGGCUGUUCAACCAACAAAAUGAAGUAAAGUGAUUUCUGAAUUACAAAAUGGGGCAUUUUUAGGUACAAUUAUUUAACUAUGGUAUGGGUGAUAAGUUGGCCAAGUAUUAUGUUGUCUGAGACAGCAGUCCAGCUUCUUUGUCAAAUGUUCUACCUAAUAUUUUAUACUUUUCAAAGAGUCUGUGCAUUUUCAAAGCACUUAGGUUCCCUGCUUCACAGGGUCCCCACAUCCAGGUUAAACCAUUUCACAAGAGUCUAAAUCCUGUAUGCAUGUUAUGUACACAUUGCACAUGUGCUCAAAAUGUCUUUCUAUGCAGAUUUAUCAGGAGAACAUGGUAAAAUCCUGAAGGAUCCUGAUAUUAGUGGAGCAGGGAUGCUGCAUGAUACAAUAUCCUUACAUUUUGAUUAUUGAAUACUAACGUUCAAGAAAUUUAUAGUAUGCGACAAAAAGAAUAUAUUUGAUUAUAGUUUUAAUAUACAAUUUAGAUGGAGCUCAUAAACGAGAUAUUAGAAAAUAUAAAUAUAUUACUAAUGACAUGUUUUUUACAUUCUAUACAACAUUUUAACAGUAAUUUUCUAUACUUUUAUUUUUGUAAAGGAUGAGAUGCAUGUAGAUUUUUACAUAACCAAAGGAACACUACUGUAUUUGCAUGGCAAUUAGGGAGUGCUUCAGCCUGUCACAACAAACGAAGAAUAAUACAAUUGUGAAUCAAAACAUGACUGUUAUAAUUCCCCAGCUGUGCUUCUGAACUCUCUUUUUCUUACACCAAGAAACUCUAGAAAAGAGCCUUAAACGGUAAAACUUAAUCUCAAAAGAAGCUGAGGUGCCUUUAAUGGUCACCUCAAGAGGCAGGAAAUCUGGUCAUAUUAGAAAUGAUUAAAUAUUUAUUGUUUUAUUUUCAGUCAAGGCUGACUGGGAGUCUCAGCUCUCAAUUUUCCUUAAAAGUGUUGUUGGGAAACUGUCCCUGCUCUGUACAUUGCUUGUUUUUUUUGUUUUGUUUUGUUUUGUUUUAUCUCUUGACUGCCAAUGUUUGAACACUAUAGCAUGUAAACUCUGUAAUAGAUUUAAUUUUGCCCUCUUCUCCUUUAAAACAUGUUUUUUUGUUUGUAAUUUUCUCAAAGGAUCAUGCCCUUCCCUGGAGGUAUGCUUUGUUUUACUGUAGCUUUGUGAAUACGUUUUGUUUAAAGCACUCUUCUUUUUCACUGAUUUUAUUACUGGUGCUAGGGCUGUCUCAGAGUACACCAUGAUGCAAUGGGUAUUUUAUUUACCAAGGUUACCAAGAGUUACCGGCCUAAGCACAAAAUGUAAUUUGAUGUGAAUUCAGAAAUUAGCAAACAAUCAUUAGUUCCUUUUUAUCUUUUCAUUAUUUUUCCUUUUAUAGAUAUAUAUCAAAUAUUUCUCCAAAGUAAUGGUAUAACUAAAAGUUAAAACAGCUUAAAGUGCAUGGAUUUUUUUAUUAGGACAUUUUAGAAAAAUGUGCAAUUGAUUGUUUAGAAAACAUUUGCAGAAAAAUGCCUAUCUACUGCAUAAAAUCAGGCAAGUGUAAUGUUUUAUAUAUUUUUUCCCUUUUAAAGUAGAUUAUGUUAACCCCUAUGUGUAAUACAUAUAAUGAAUAAUAGCCCCUUUUGACAGCAUUUUAAUCAUGUGGAAGGGUUUCUCAUUUUCUUACCCAUGGGUGGGUGGGGCUUAAUGUGCAGAAGCCAAUAAGGUUCAUGACUUUGUUUAUAGUUUUUCUUUCUCCUCCUGCCUGACCAGAUGUUUUUAAUUUUUACAAAAUAUAAAGUCAGUCGGAAAUAACAGCAGACAUUAAUUCAAUAAACUCAAUAAACCAAA